AUGCCCCGAGUAGCGCCUGAAGACAGGAAACGGGCUUUUCGCCCCAAGACACGCACUGGCUGCUCGACCUGCAAGUCCGUCUUCCGCGUCAAUUACUAUUCAGAACGACGCGUCAAGUGUGGCGAGGAGCGCCCGGCGUGUCUGCGCUGCACGUCGACCGGCCGGAAAUGCGACGGAUAUUCGACUCAAGCUUCACCAUCACAAUCUUCACCACCAUCACAAUCACCACCAUCACCACCAGCAUCAUUUAAUUCAUUACUCCUACUUCCCUCCCCCUCUACCUCCCUCUUCACCUCCGACCAGGAACGCCGCUCGUUCCACUUCUUCCUCUCCAGGACCGCCCCCCAGCUCGCCGGCGACUUCAAAUGCGCCUUCUGGGAACGCCUGCUGCUGCAGGCUGCUCACCACGAACCGGCAAUCCGCCAUGUCACCGUCGCCCUGGGCUCGCUGCACGAGCACUUUGAACGCGACGAGGGCGCGCCCUUUCGCUCCGGCCAGAUGACCGCCCACUCCUCCUUCGCUCUGCGCCAGUACCUGCGUGCCAUGCGUUGUCUCAUGCCUGCCCACGGGGCUUCGCAGCCUCUUGAUGUCUGUCUGGUUUCGUGUAUUCUGUUUGCUUGUUUCGAGGCAAUGCGAGGGUACUACGGUUCCGCCAUCACACACAUCACCAGCGGCCUCAAGAUCCUCGGCGAGUUCAAGGCAAACACGGUGCCCAGUUUGUCCUCGUAUCUGGCCGUCUCGGGCGCGAGUCGUACCCCGUACGUGCCCGUCGAUAUCUUGUGCGGACUUUUUACCCGGCUCGAAGCACAAGCGAUGGUGACCGUCCGACACAUGAACGGAUCCAACUUUUCCAACCUCUGGCCCGAGCUGGUUAUCGAUCUGUCCCGCCCUGUUGUCUUCCAUUCGCUCGCCGAGGCGCGCGAGAUGCUCGAGCUGUACACCUACCACUACCGCGUCCACAACACCAAUCUCCAGAACGACAAAAAGGGCGGCAGCGGCAGCGGCCUACACCCCCCCAGCUGUGCCGUCUCGCCAGCCACCCUCCGCGACACCUCGCUGGCCCUCCUGGCCAAAUGGUCUGUAGCUCUGGACGUCUUCCUCCGCCAGCGCGGAGAGAGCCUUACCGACCGGGACCGCCGGGGCGCGAUGGUCCUCCAGAUGCGCAAAAUAGACUGCUACAUCGCGCUAGAUAUCUUGCGGGAAAGCGAUGACUUGAGCGAUGCGACGGACGCCGACCAAGUCAAAUGGGACAGGUACUGUCCGCUGUUCGACCAGAUGGUGCAGAUCGGCGAAUCCAUCGUGCUCCUCUCAACUACUGCUACCACGGAGUCGGGCACGAGCUUCUCCCUCGAUCUAGGUAUAACGGGGUGCAUGUUCAACGCGGCCGCGCGCUGUCGCGACCCGGCCAUCCGCCGUCGCGCCGUACAGGUCCUCCGCGCAGCCGCCGUCCAGGAGGGAGUCUGGAACAGUCGCGUCGUGGCCGAGAUGGCGCAGCAAUGGAUCGCCAUCGAGGAGGAGGGACUGGUCCUCUCCCCGCACACCUGUGCCGAUGUCCCUUCCUGUGCGCGUCUGACGCACUUUUACCCCAUGUUCGAUGCCGACCGGAGGAGUGCCAUGGUUUACUUCUGUUCGCAUGGUUUGGAUGCUGGUCGGGAGGUCCUUUUACAGUGGUAG